UAGCGGCUUGUCUGACUUCAAGCAUCAGCCCAGUCCUCCCGAGCGCACCACGCACAAGACAGAACCCCAAACUCAAAACCCUCUCUUACUCCGAACCUUGUACUCCGCUGCUCAAAAUGGCAUCCUCUCCAGCAGAUGGUGUCAAGGUCACAAUUUUCUACUCGUCGGUAGCGGGCUCCUUACAGGUUAAGAAGAACCAAAUACGAGUAGAGAACAUCCUAGCAGCACGGAAGAUAGAAUACAAGCUAGUUGACGUUGCGGCAGAAGAGGAGGAGAGGGACUUUAUGCAACGCAAGAGUGGGAAAAUCUCACUUCCACAAAUAUUCGUCGAUGGGGAAUACAGAGGGGGUCCGGAAGAGCUCGAGGAAGCGAACGAGGAUGGUGAAGCCGAGGUCCGGCUGUUCUUGGGAUUGUGAAGGGAUUGUGAGGGGAGGGGAUUUACUGGACGCUGCUCGAUUCACGAAAGACGACGUGUGGAGCCAACGUUCCAUGAAUAGCCAGAGAUUCCUCGAGAUACAUACGAAACGAGAUGGACUUAUACCAGCUUAUAGAAGGAGGAGGCCUUGUGAUGAAGGGGCCAUGUUUAUCUUGUGCUAAACGCAAAAUGCCAAUACAUCUGUGCACAACGGACGUGAAAUAACA